CAACGCAGGCGGGUGUCCUAGGCUCCUCCGCCCCUCAUUGUCCCUUUCCUCUGGAACCUGCGGCUUGGGAAUAUCUGGUAUCUCCCCUCAAAGGACGUGAGUUUACAGCAAUUACUGAAGCCGAGACUUGGUAGGUGCGGUCUCCCCGGCUUGUGUUGCACCAUUGAUUGCUCAUUAGUUUAAGGUACUGUUUUUUGCUUUUUAGUCUUGUUAAGCUCCGCCCAUAGGGUCUCCUCUACUCCAUAUCUGUGGUCUCGGGUCACUUGGAACCUUCCUAAUCCACCAACCUUUCCUCCCUCAGUAAAGUCUGUUGUUACCUUGAGAGGCCCGUGGUCUAAUUUCCUUUCAGUGGAAAAUGCUGAGGUAACAUAUAUCGUACACGAAACAUAUAGUAAUUUGUUACUAGAGAGAAAGUCAUUAUAAUUGAGAACUGGCACUGAAUAAUUUUGUAAAUAUACCAAAACACGUGUUCAGGAACUAGCUUAGACUUUCAUCUUUGCAACUGGUGGUGGAGCUGGAGUUCUUUCUGGAGUGUUAGGGAGUCCUAUUACUGUCCUUUUCUGGUUUAUAUGACCAGGGUCAUAAAUUGACUACAGAGACUCUUCAUUUUAGGAGAUUAUUUUUAGUGAUGCUGGUUACAUGUAUGAGCUCUAGAAUCAGAGAAAAACAUAAAAUGGUCUCUAUGCUCAGACAUUUCCAACUCUUUGAGACCCCAUGGAGUGUAGCCCGCCAGGCUCCUGUGUCCAUGGGAUUUCCCAGGCAAGAAUACUGGAGUGGGUUGCCAUUUCCUAAUCUUGGGGAUCGUCGGACUCAGGGAUAAAACCCCAUCUCUUGCAUCUCCAUUGGCAGUAUUCUUUAUCGCUGAGUCACCUGGGAAGCCUCUUUGGUCUGAUACUAGUGUUUUAUUUGAAUUAAAGAAGUGAGUUUUGGUUGGUAGUUUUCCAGUCAGUGAGGCCCAGUGUGGAUAAUGCUGACUUAUGGACUGCUGACAAGUACAGUGGAAAGUGAUAUAUAAUAGUGAGAAAGUAUCUUAAGAGAUCAGAGAAUCUGAAGUCAUUUGAGAGAUAGUUUCAGGUUUUGUGCAUUACGGUUGACUGUCAGUGCUACAGUAAACCUAAGGUGAUGAUGUGGGGCAGUGGACAAGGAGCAGUUAGCUUCAAGUAAUGAGGCCUGGUUAUUUGUGGGAAGGUUGUUGGUGGAAUAUUGUCAGAGAUAAAAAAUAGGUUGAAAAUGCUUCUAGCUAACAGACCUUUGACAGAGAGUGACCCUCUAUCAGGAGAGACUCGCCUAAACUUACCUGGACUUCCUGAGGAGGAGGAUGGGCCCAAGAGGCUGUUGCUGAUUUACCAAGGCUACUCGGUCUGAAGCUCCGAAUGGUACCUGUUUCUCUCCAGCCUGCAUUCCCCUCAGGUUAUGAGGAAUCCAUGAUGCAAUACAAGACGGAAAAGACCCUCAAGUACUUCUAAACCUUGGCAAGGUGCAAGCCAUUCUGCAGCAAAUUCCUGAAGCCGAGACAUGGUAGCUGCGGCGGACCAUUGGGAACCUGAGACGUCUGAAGACUUGUGUUGCCUGAGGAAGCCCUGAAGUUGAGGAAGAGGAAAGAAAAGGAGUCAGGCAUGGCUCUUUCUCAGGAACAACUGACCUCUGAGGAUGUGGCCAUCAAAUUCACUCAGGAGGAGUGGGAAUUCCUGGACCCUGCUCAGAGGGCCUUGUACAGGGAUGUGAUGCUGGAGACCUACAGGAACCUGCUGUCUGUGGAUAUCUCUCCUACACAUGUGAUCAAGCAUUUACAACCCAAAGCAAACAGUGUUAAACGAGAACCAUUCCAAACAUUGAUGCUGGGAAGACCUGAAAGCUGUGAAAUCAAACAUUUUCAUCUUUUGGGAAGUCAGGAAAAUAUGUGUGACUUUGAGUGUCAGGGGAGAGAUGACAAAAGAAAUCACAAAGGAACACCUGUAAGCCUUGAUGGAAAUGUGCCUGAUGGAAGAGUUUCACAUGAUGGAAAGGAUGUAGGAAUCAAGCCCUUUGGAAACAGGCUUGGGUUUAACUUUCAGGAUAAACUGCAGAUAUUUCAAACUGGCAGGACAAUUUCUGAAUAUAAUGAGGUUGAGAGGUCUGUCAACAACAGUUUCUCAUUUUCACCACUUCAAAGAAUUCCUCCUUGUGUCCAAACCAGUGUUUCUAAUAUAUAUGGGAAUGAUUUUAGGAAUCUUUCAGUAAUAACACGAGACCUCAAAGCACACAGGGAAAAACCUUACAAAUGUGAUGAGUGUGGGAAAGCCUAUCUUAAGGACUCAUACCUCAUUAAACAUCAGGCCAUCCAUACAAGAGAGAAACUUCAUAAACAUGAAGUCGGUGACAAAUUGUUUGAUCAAAGUUCACAGCUUGCACGUCAUUUGAAAAUUCAUUCUGAAGUGACAUGUUACAAAUAUAGUGAGUAUGGCAAAACCUUUACUGAUAGCUCACACCUCAGGAGACAUCAGAAAAUUCGUACAGGAGAGAAACUAUUUAAAUGUGAUAUCUGUCACAAAGUCUUCAGUCAAAAUGCACACCUUGCUGUUCAUCAGAGGGUUCAUACUGGAGAAAAACCUUACAAAUGUGAUGAGUGUGGCAAGGCCUUUCGUGUAAAAUCAAUCCUUUUAAGGCAUCAGACAGUUCAUACUGGAGAGAAACCUUACAAAUGUGGUGAGUGUGGCAAGGCCUUUACUGAUAGCUCAAACCUCAGGAAACAUCAGAAAAUUCAUACAAGAAAGAAAUUAUUUAAAUGUGAUAUAUGUGACAAAGUCUUCAGCCAAAAUGCACACCUUGCUGGUCAUCAGAGGGUUCAUAUUGGAGAAAAACCUUACAAAUGUAAUGAGUGUGGCAAGCACUUUAGUCAGCUUUCACAGUUGAUAAGUCAUAAGAGAUUUCAUGCUGCAGAGAAACCUUACAAAUGUGAUGAGUGUGGUAAGGCCUUUCCUGUGAAGUCAACCCUUUUAAGGCAUCAGACAGUUCAUACUGGAGAGAAACCUUACAAUUGUGAUGAGUGUGGUAAGGCCUUUCGUGUAAAGUCAGUCCUUUUAAGGCAUCAGACAGUUCAUACUGGAGAGAAACCUUACAAUUGUGAUGAGUGUGGUAAGGCCUUUCGUGUAAAGUCAGUCCCUUUAAGUCAUCAGAGAGUUCAUACUGGAGAGAAAGCUUACAAAUGUGAUGAGUGUGGCAAGGCCUCUCGUGACAAGUCAACCCUUUUAAGUCAUCAGAGAGUUCAUACUGGAGAGAAACCUUACAAAUGUGAUGAGUGUGGUAAGGCCUUUCGUGUAAAGCCAGUCCUUUUAAGGCAUCAGACAGUGCAUACUGGAGAGAAACCUUACAGAUGUGAUGAGUGUGGCAAGACCUUUUGUCUAAAGUCAGUCCUUUUAAGGCAUCAGAGAGUUCAUACUGGAGAGAAACCUUACAAAUGUGAUGAGUGUGGCAAGGCCUUUCGUGAAAAGUCAACCCUUUUAAGUCAUCAGAGAGUUCAUACUGGAGAGAAACCUUACAAAUGUGAUGAGUGUGGUAAGGCCUUUCCUGUGAAGUCAACCCUUUUAAAGCAUCAGAGAGUUCAUACUGGAGAGAAACCUUACAAAUGUGAUGAGUGUGGUAAGGCCUUUCGUGUAAAGUCAGUCCUUUUAAGUCAUCAGAGAGUUCAUACUGGAGAGAAACCUUACAAAUGUGAUGAGUGUGGUAAGGCCUUUCGUGUAAAGCCAGGCCUUUUAAGGCAUCAGAGAGUUCAUACUGGAGAGAAACCUUACAAAUGUGAUGAGUGUGGUAAGGCCUUUCGUGUAAAGCCAGUCCUUUUAAGGCAUCAGACACUUCAUACUGGAGAGAAACCUUACAAAUGUGAUGAGUGUGGCAGGGCCUUUACUGACAGCUCAAACCUCAUGAGACAUCAGAAAAUUCAUACAGGAAAGAAAUCAUUUAAAUGUGAUAUAUGUGACAAAGUCUUUAGCCGAAGUGAUCACCUUGCUGGUCAUCAACGGGUUCAUUUUGGAGAGAAACCUUACAAAUAUAAUGAGUGUGGCAAGCACUUUAGUCAACCUUCACAGUUCAUAAGUCAUAAGAGAUUUGAUACUGGAGAGAAACCUUACAAUUGUGAUGAGUGUGGAAAGGCCUUUCAUGUAAAGUCAACCCUUUUAAGGCAUCAGACAGUUCAUACUGGAGAAAAACCUUACAAAUGUGAUGAGUGUGGCAAAGCCUUUCGUGUAAAGUCAACCCUUUUAAGUCAUCAGACAGUUCAUACUGGUGAGAAACCUUACAAAUGUGAUGAGUGUGGAAAAGUCUUCGGUCAAAAACCACAUCUUCGCCUUCAUUGGAGAAUUCAUACUGGAGAGAGACCUUAUAGAUGUAAUGAGUGUGGCAAGUUCUUCAGUCGAAAUUCACACCUUACAAGUCAUCGGAGAAUACAUAUAGAGAAACCUUUCAAAUGUUUCGAGUGUGGAAAAUCCUUUACUCAGGUCUCAGCACUCACUAAACAUCAGAAAAUCCAUACAUGAGAGAAACUUAUGUGAAUGUGGUAUAUGGUAGAAGUCUUCAAAAUUCAAAGUUCAAACUUCACACCCUACUGUUGGUCAGAGAAUUCAUACUACUGAGAAACCAUACAAAUAUCAUGAGUGUGGCAACAUCUUAGGCUUCAUGGGAAAAUUCAUACUGGAUAGAAGCCAGAUAUAUAUGUGUUUAUUAGUCAGGUUAGAACAUGUCAGGUAGAACAUGAAUUCAUUCUGGAAAGAUUCCUCACCAAUUUCACAAAUGUGAAAGAAAAAACCCUAUCCUCACAGCUCACAUCUCGCCAGUAGCAUCAGAGUAUUUAUCCUGGAGAAAACACACAGCAAUGUCAAGUGUGUGGCAAGGAUCUUACCCCAAAGUCACAAGAUAGGAACAUAGUGGAGCUAUACUUCCCAGACUCAGUGGUUGUGGCUAGUCCUCUACCUUUUUCUAUGUAUUCUCUGAUGACUUUAGUUCAGGUACUCAGCCACUGGAGUAAGCCUAUAUUUGCAGAGAAGCUAUAUAGAUCUUUUCGUGUAAAAGAAACCCGAAUUCUAACUCAGCAAAGAUGAUUCUUUGGGACAGUAAUCCACCAUCUUUUUGGUCUCUUGACUUUCUGAAUAAAGUCACUAUUCCUUACCCAGCAAAUAGUCUCUCAGUUUAUUGGCCUGU